GUGUUUAAAAGCAGCAGCAUAUUCGUGUCUCGGGUCAUUAGAGUAGCGGUAAUAGUGACAAAGUGAGACAAACUUCAUUACAGAGCCAUGCACGGAAUACAUAGUUGCAUGAGAACGAUGAACACCAAGGAGAAGAGAAUAUAGGAUUGUCAAGAGUGGGAGAGACUCCUAGCUUGCCCAACCCCAUAAAGGAAAAUAAGGAUGUUAAACAAGAAGAGAGGCAUAAUUUGUGUAUAGAGCCCCAGCAGUAUAUCACAUUUCUUCGCUUCCAGUGUUUAUGUGUCAUGGCUAUUGUUGACCUAGAAAAGUGCUAGACUGAGAGAGCUUUUGCAGUGAUUCAGAAUUCUCUCUCUGUCAUGCAAAGGGUGUAUAUAGGUGAGUGAGGCUGACAGACAAAGAUCAAGGUGAACCAGGUGGGGGAAACACUACCAGCAGACACACUUAGGCAAGUUCUACUGCCCUUCCUCCCCCCUCAUGGUGACCUUUGGUGGUAAUAGGCACUCUCAUAUCCUGACCUCCACUAUUAGAAGAGAAUGUGUCAGUGUAGCUACCCAAGAUAAGAUGAAUGAUGAAUUGACAGCCAGCACAAGCACACGCACCCCCACCCACGAACAUGUGCUCAGCCGGAGGCACCAGUGACACAAGUGGAGGAGAUGGGAAAGGAGGAGGAGGAAACGGGGGGGAAGAGGAGGUAUCAGGAGAUGAGAGAAAUGGCCAAUCCUUAGGGCCAGAGGAGUACACCAGGCUGGCACGAGACGGCAUUCAGCUGAUGCUCAACAACCGCUUCACGGAGGCGGAGGAACUGUUCCGUCACCACACGCAGGACAACCUCCACAUGGCCAUGGGCUACUGCUACCUCACUUUCAUGAAUGCUGUCAUGUCGUUUGAGGAGGAGAAGGUGACCCACAGCAUGGAGACACUGCGCAGCAUGGAGAGGCGCUGCGGCGGCAAUGACAACGGCUGGCUGUCCUCCGUCAGAAACAUUGUUCUAGGCUCCAGGAAUGGCCAGGACCAGGGAGAGGAGCCUGGCUCACAACUGGAGCAACAGGUGGUGCUAGCAGACUGCCAGGUGCUGCUGGCUAUCCUCACAUUCCUGCAGCAGGAGAUUGGGUCCUACGUGAAAGGUGGCUGGGUCCUGAGGAAGGCUUGGAAGGUGUAUGAGCACUCUUACACGAAAGUCAAGAGGAUGUACAAGCAGACCUUUGGGGAUGCUCAAGACAUGCCCAUGACCCCCAAGGAUGAGUGCCCUGGGUCCCUGCAGUCCAGCACUGAUCAUCUACAAAGCCCUGGGUCCUGGUCUGUGGGGUCCACUGGUGUCCCUGGACCUGCCCCAGAGGAAGAGAACAACUCUUCCCACACCACCCUUGGCAUGCGUCUAUCCCUGUCCAAGUCAGUGCCGAAUUUGAAGGGUUUCCUCAACUCCAACCACAAGCAUCAACAUAAAAAGCCGCUACCCCCAGAUAUGGUGGCCCGACUCAUGGCCUCAGUCAGCUUUGGAUACGGGUUGUUCCAGCUCUGUAUGUCCCUCUUGCCUCCCUCCCUCCUGCGUCUGGUCAACGUGCUGGGCCUGCAGGGGGACAGGCUGGCGGGGCUCUCGGCUCUCAUGUUCACCCGAAAGUCCCAUGACAUGCGUGCUCCCUUAGCCACGCUGACUCUGCUAUGGUAUCACACAAUUGUGCGGCCAUUCUUUGCCCUGGAUGGAAGUAAGGUGAGGGCAGGAGUAGAGGCUGCCCACCUACUGCUUCAAGAGGCCCAGCAGAAUUACUCACAGUCUGCUCUUUUCCUCUUCUUCAGAGGCAGAGUCCACAGAUUGCAGGGGGACAUCACCGCUGCCCUGGUGGCCUACCGUGGGGCCCUGCAGGUGUCCCCCCAGAGGGAGCUGCAGCUACUGGCCCUGCAUGAGGUGGCCUGGUGUCACCUGCUGCAGCUCAACUGGGUCCAUGCCCAAGGUGCCUUCGCCAAUCUUAAGAGGGAGUCCCGCUGGUCCAAGAGUUUCUACGCUUACAUCUCUGCGGUGUGUCUUGGAGCAUCAGGCCGGGAGGAGGACUGCCAGCGGGGCCUGCAGGAAGUGCCCAGUCUGGUCCGGCGCACCAACCACGCCCUGGAGGCCUUCCUGCUGCGCCGUGCUCUAAAGUCCAAAAGUGUCGGUGUGAACAAGAACUUCUGUCUGUUACGUGCCUAUGAGCUUCUCUACCUCUGGAACGCUCUCUCCUCCUGCUCCACCCAGCACCGCCUGCAGAUGGUGGAAGAACUGCGAGCCAUGACACCCUGCGAAGAGCUGGAUGGCCUGCGACACCUGCUGCUGGCGGCCAUCCUUGACACACUCUCCUCCCCUGAAGAUGCGAUGGAGCACUUCAGACUCAGCGUGCAGCAAGGCCUCCACAAUCCUGAUGAGCUGUGUGUGCCUGCCUUUGCACUGUAUGAGUUGGGUCUACUACUGGCAGCAUCGGAGGAGACACUGGAAGAAGGCAGAAAGUGUCUAGAAGAUGUGCGAGACAAUUACCAAGGGUACGACUUUGAGAACCGCCUUAACGUGAGAGUUCAUGCAGCCCUCAGAAGUCUUCCCUAGUGUGUGUGUGUGUGUGUGUGUGUGUGUGUGUGUGUGUGUGU